GAGCAAAGCCACGUCAUGAGAUCGGAGGGAGGGGGCGUGGCCAUGGAGCGGGAGGGGGAGGGAAAGGGGCGUGGCAUCUGGCCGCCGCACCUGGGCGUUGGACGUAAAACGCCGAGGCGGCCGAAGCCAAUAGCCGGAGAGUUGGGCGGUGGCAGGACGCAAGCGCGGAGAGUUCAGGGGUGGCCGCGAGAGGAGGCGAUGGUGGCCGGGACCAUGGCUGUUACACAACCAAGGAUUUCUACGCUAUAUUUCCUCUGUUGCCUAGUCCUUGCGUCUUCUAUGUCCUCUUUUGCUGACGACCACGCAGAUGGAAGUCAUCAGGCAAACGUGCAUCUUGAUAAGAAAAUGGUACAAGAUAAGGACCACAUCAUGGAACAUUUAGAAGGCGUCAUUGACAAACCAGAAUCUGAGAUGUCGCCACAAGAGCUGCAGCUUCAUUACUUCAAAAUGCACGACUACGAUGGCAACAAUCUGCUUGAUGGGCUUGAACUUGCCACUGCCAUCUCACAUGUUCACAAAGAGGAAGGUGGAGAACACACCCAGACAAUGAAAGAUGAGGAGUUAAUUAGUUUGAUAGACGGCGUCUUGCGUGAUGAUGAUAAAAAUAAUGAUGGCUACAUUGACUAUGCUGAGUUUGCAAAGUCACUGGAAUGAUGAUUUCUUUAAAAAUCUUUUAGUUCAUGUGACCCAGUACAAUGUGAUUCCUUACUGUAUGUUGGUUUGUGUGUUCUCUACCCUUUGGGCUGCAAAAUUAAUGGUAGAAAAGUGAGAUGGCUACACUUUCGUUUCUUAUACUUUGAAGAGCAAAAAGAUUACGAUGGGAACUAUUAUUUGAUACAGUCUUAUUAGUUAACAAUGGAACAAUACAACCCAUCUGUGUUAGCAAAUUAUUUGGCAGUUGUCUUAAAAACUUGCUUCAAUGAGCUAUCAUCUAAGUCACUGUACUCCAGAAUAACUUCUGGAGGACUCAAAAGGCAUUAAUUAUAAAGGUCAUAGCACUACAGUCUUAAAUGCCAUAAUUAUAUACUAAAACCAACAGUAUGAUUUUGUGUUUGUGCUUUGAGUUCACCAUUAUUAUUAUUAUUUUGCAAAAAUUGGGAGUAUAGGCACGAUGCAAGUUUAAACUCUUUCAAGAUCUAUCAGCAGGAGAGUUAAGUAGCUAAUUAAAUCUCCAUUAAAAUGGAUGAGUUUAAAAGUGCUUAGUCUUUGCACUGUACCCUAAAUCUCUAAAUAGAUGUUUGUCAUUGUAGACAUAUGUCUGUCUUUCAGUUGUCUCAUCUUUUGUCUUUCAGUUGUCUCAUGUUCUGUCACUACCUUACUGGGUUUUGCUGUUCCUUAAAUUAUAACCUUAUAAGAAAACUGGUUGUUGAAUUUUAAAUUAAGUAUAUAUAUAUUAUAUACUUAAUAUAUUUAGUGUUAUGUGUAUUAUACACCAUCAGUACAGUAUUUUACUUCGGAGUUCAUUUUCAGAAAGUGUAGGUUAAAUACUUUCAUUCAAUGAGGUCUUAAUGCCAAGAACUAUGUUAGCUAAUGAAAGUUUAUAAUCACACUGAAAUGCUGCCAUGUUAAGGUUCUUGCCAGUGUACCUUGACACAAAUUCAUGGUGUGAGCUAUGAAAAGACUUUCUCAUUUUUUUCCUAAAAGAAACUCUGUAAUGAGUGUUUAAAUACUUGAAUGGUCUGCUUAUUCUAAAGGGUUCUAAAACUAUAUACAUCUAUGUUGUCUUAACAGCCUUGUGCAGAUCUACAGUGAUAAUCUAAACUGCCCUGUUGUUUGUCCUGUUGUAUAAAACAGAAGCAUACAUUUAAUCAAGCGAACUAUAUUCAGAAACAGAAAGCCAAAAUGCUCCUCUGUAAAUUGCGUAAGAGACCUAUUUUCUGUAUAAAAAAUAUUCUUAUAUGAAGUGCAUUUGUAAAAAUUGCUUCCUUUGUUAACUGUGUAAUAAAAAUGUGGAUUGUACUA